AGAGACUUCCCUGUUGUUCUGCAGGCCUGCUUUGGUAUGCAUCGCCUCACCUGCUGGACCUGUUUGCUUUCCUGUCAGGUUGCUCAGUCCAUGACAACAACAGAGCUGCCGCACCAACACCCCCCUGGGAGGAAUCUCACAGAUGCCACAUCGUUUACUUCUUACACGCACGGCAGGGUUGACUCGACGAGUCUAGCAGGUUCACGCAGCCUCGUGUCAAGAGUGAGAAUAAAAGGGAACAAACCUGAGAAAAUUAAAGUGCGCGGCUCAAAGACAUCGCCAUGUUCGCUCGCUGCGCCUCUAUAAAUCACUCGUUAAGCAGGUUGCCUGGUUAAAGGGGCGUUUGAGGGGUCGUAAACAGCUGGAUGUGUGCAUCAAAGAGCACAGGUGAGAUAAGAAAUGUAAACACAAGUGUGGGUGUGUCCUGCGCUGUCUUUCCUUUCACACACUCUCAGGUCAUACAUAAAGCCUGCUGAACCCGGUGCUGCCCACACACCUGUAACGCGCUUGGCACCUCUGCACUUCUGCUGUCUCUGGUGUGAACGUUGCUCGCCUUCGCACUGUAAACAAAGUCUCCUUCCUUCCGGGAAAAACUUGGACUUCGGCCUCGUCUUUGCUGUUUAAGCCCUCGUGCGUGGACCGCUGGGUCUUCAGACCGAGUAAAAACCACCGGACAGAGUCUUUCUGAGCUCGUUUCAACGUCUCUUGAGUUCCUCAGGCGUCUACGGGUGGAUUUUCUUGGCUUCUCUGGUUGGCUUUACCUGAAAGCGCUGCGAGGGUUCAGGGUCUGCGCCGGUGGGAGCAGCCCCAGGGGCCAGAAAUCUGGGCAAGAUGAUGCAGGAGGUGUCCAUGGUGACGGCCUACGAUGCCCAUGCUAUUGACCAGAUGAGUGAGGAGGAGAUCCUGGCCUGUCUGGUUGCUGAAACGGGACCUACGUUCAAUGUCCCCACAAAGAAAGUGAAACUUGGGGAAAGUCGACUUCAAAUCAUGGACGAUGACCCUUUGGACAAAUACUUGAAAGAAAACCGUCGGCUUCAGCAGGCGAGCCUUCGCCUGGAGCAGGAAAAUGAUAGUUUGGCCCACAGACUAAUCACCAGCAAGGUUGCGUUGAGGAAUGCUCUUGACAAGGCUGAAGACAGAGUGGACGAGCUAACGAAAAACCUUCUUCAGACCCAACAUCGACUGAAAGCCUCAGAGGAGGAGAAAAGAAGCAAAGAGGAAGAAGCUGCCAUGCUCAAGGAAGUUUUUCGGAGGGAGCUGGAGAGGGCUGAGCAGGAGAUUAAAAAGUCGUCUGGUAUCAUCUCAGACUACAAACAGAUCUGCUCCCAGCUAACGUCGCGUCUGGAGAGGCAGGAGGCCGCCCACAGAGAGGAGUUGGACGCACUCAAGAGCACACUAGCGGCUUGCUCCCAGUGUCGUCACGUUGCAGAAGCAAUCACUGCAGGCCGUAGCUCUGAAACAGCGGCGCCGACAGAGGGCAAAGAGGCGACUGAACAAGGCAGGCAGGAGUCCAGCGAAACCCCCCCACGGGCAGAUUGGAUUAGGGAGGACCAGGAGAAGGAGUCCCUAAGCGCCCAGAUCAGAGAACUGGAAAAGGAGCUUGUUCAGACUAAACUGCAAGUGGUGGAGGCCAACUGCAAGAUUCAGGAGCUGGAGCACCAGAAGGGAGUCCUAGCCAGUGAUGUCCAGCAAGCAAAGAACAACUGGAUCAGCAAGGCCUUAACAUCACUGCGGACUUCCACGGCUGGACAUCAUGGCGCUGGCAUGCACAGAGAGGGCCCUCCGACCCUGAACUGGAACCUACACAGCUCCUCCCUUACGGGAUGGCCCCCGAAGAAGCUGUCAUGGCCUCACAAAGACAAUUCAAAAAAUGCUUGAAUGGCUGGACUGCAGUGUGCAGAUUACAUUCAUCUGGAGUCAAGAGGAAACCGUCUGCCUUCAUUGACUUUUAAAUGCUGUAAAUACGUAAACUACUCUGUGUUUCCACUAGAUGGCAGUAAAAACAUACAGGAGGUAAUGGAGCACAGGUGAUGCCAUAGGGACUUUUUGUCAUUUUAAAGCAGGUGUAGCUUAUUCAUAUUUUUUUUUAUAUAUUCUUCAUCUACUAUGCAUGUUUUAUGACAUCACAUUUUUAACUGUAACCAUUUAAUAUGCAAUAAAGUUCAUGUGAUCCUCU